AUGACGAGUUACUAUGGAGGCCUGGGGCCGAUGCUCAAUGCGGUGCUUUGGGUUCAAGUGGUUAUUUUUGCCCUCUUUGUUGGACUGAGAUUAUACACGAGAUCUCAGAUUCUGCACUCUGUCGGCGCAGAUGACUUUCUAGUUAUCAUCGCACUGGUCUUGCAAAUCAUCUACUCCGCCUUCGUAACGGCCGGUACAAAAUACGGUCUCGGUCGCAAAUUCGCAGACAUUGGCAACCCCGAUGCAUACUUCCGAGCCGUCGAGCUGGAGAUAUACAGCCAAGUAGCCGGGCUCAUGGUAAUCGGCGUGGGAAAAUGCGCCGUCGGCAUCUUUCUUCUACGGAUCGUGCGAAAUAAGUUCCAGAAGGCCUUCAUCUGGGCAUUUCUCGCGGGUACAGUAUUCAUCACGCUGUUUUCUAGUAUUGUUGUCGUCGUGCAGUGUGAUCCUGUGCAGAGGACUUGGGAUCGACGGGUGCCGGGGACUUGUUGGAUUGACUUUUCCAAGGUCGGCUUGACUGUUGGAUCUUGGUUUGUUGUUGCGGACUUUUGCUUCGCGAUUCUUCCGUGGUUUGUCAUCUGGGAGCUUAACAUGAAACGCAAAGAGAAGAUCACUGUCGCGUGCGGCCUCAGUCUUGGUAUCUUUGCUGGUAUCUGCGGUAUCGUUCGUACGGUCGCUCUCAACGGAUUGAACGCAAGUGAAUACAUCUACGACACAGUAGACAUGCUCAUCUGGUCCGCGACCGAAAGCACCGUAACAAUAAUGUGUUCAUCGAUCCCCGUCCUCCGCCCUCUCUACGUGCGCUUCCGCUACGGCAGCCAAGGCGACAGCUCUGGCGCAGCAAGUUCCUACAAACUCCCCAUGUACGGCAAUCACAGCGGUCGAAAAUACGGCAACGGCUCGAUCCCUGGCACAGAAACCAUUGGUGGUAGCGGACCAUCAAACAGAACAGUCAUUGCAUAUAACGCAAAUGCCAGCGAUGAGAGUAUACUUCGUGAUACAAAGACUCAGAAUGAUAUCAGUGGGAUCCGAAGAACGGAUGAGGUGUCGAUAAGUUAUGGGAAACAAGAUGCUGGAGAGAGAGUUAGGGAGUGGAAGUAA